CAAGCAGAAGAGACACACGCACUUGGAAGGACUAGAUUGAGAUGUUGUCCUACAGCAGUGUUUCUUAUUUUUCUUCUGCCACUUGUAAUAGUAUGUUGAAAAGCAAUGCAAUUCUCCUUUUUGCUUUAGUAAAGUCAUUGUCUUUUGUUUUUGUUUCACUUUUUGUUAAAGUUAGAAUCAAUGCCUUCCCUACAGAAAACAGUAGAUCUUCAGCUUUGAGAGAAGUUUGCCGUAAGCUGACUUAUGCUUUUCUAAUUUAAAGCUAAAAGGCUACAUGAUAUCUAAGCAGUAAGAGGAACUAGUAUUUAAUUUGGGAAAUACCUAUCUUGGUUGGGGGGGGGCAUAAAGACAAAUCUCCGUACUUUCUACUGUGCCAGCCAAACUAGAAUAUUUCCUUGUAGGCCACAACUCUUUUGUUUUUCUUUUUCUUUUAGGGGGUGGUCCUUGCUAUGUAGUCCAGGCUGGCCUUGACCUCCCUAGGUAUCCCAGGCUGGCCGGGAACUUGCAGCAGUCCUCUUACCUCCUGAGUGCUGGGAAUGUAGGCAUGCGCCACCAUGUCUGGCCACAACUCUUGUUAAUUACUCCUUUAAUACAAGUAGGGCCUACAGAUUUUCCUUUGCUACCAAAGCAGCACUUUAUAAUAAUGCUAUUUUAUUGAUUUGUACUUUUAAGAUGAACUGGAUUGUAAAAUUGAGUAGAUCAAGUGCCUUUCUACACACAGUUUGUAGGCUGUUUUACUGUUGGUUGGGUGCUAGAAAAAUGUACAUAUAAGUUAAAUGUCCAUGAAAUUAAAAUGAUUUUUAUUUCCUUUAAGUAUUAAAAUUUCAUUAUUGAGUAUGCUUUUUGUCCUAGCCCCAUCUGAUCUGUUCAGGGAUAUAAAUUUUAAUGUAAGCCACUUUUGUCUUUCCUCCUUCCUUCCUUUCCUUCCUUCCAGAACCUGUCACAUCUUCCAUCUCUUAGGCCCCAGAGGUUUUUUUUUUGUUGUUUGUUUUUGUUUUUUGUUGAGACAAGAUCUUUCUAAGUUACCAUAGUUGGGCUCAAACUUGCAGUCCUCUUGCCUUCAGGUUCCUAGUCCUGGGAUUACAGGUAUAUGCUACCGUGUCUAGCAAGGCCUUUUUUUUUUUUUUUUUUCUUUUUCAGCUUUUUGUUUUCAGUCUAAAUGCAAGCUGUAUAAAGUAGGUAAAUGUUACUUGGUGUUACAUCACUUGCUUUUGCAUUACUUUAUUUUCAGAUUUAUGUUUCUUGUGAAAACUGUUGUAGUAAACCAGCAAUCCUCAAAAUGACCAGUAAUCCUUUUUAAAUCACCACAUUGAAAACAGGGUGUUGGACACUACAUAUUGUCUCUCGUUUUAGGGUGUUAGCUAACAGUGAAUUUAAUCAUCUUUAGAAGAAAUGAUAUGUUCAGCCUAAGCAGUGAUCCAUCCAGCCCAAACUACUAAAGAGCUGUACCAAGAGCACAGAUUACUUAUUAGGAAUGCUGUAAUUUGUAAAGUGCAUAUUGGGCAUGUUUGACUUCUUUAAUUUAUAUACCAUAUUCAUUCAAAUUCUUUAGUACUGCAAUCUGUUCCGAUUGAACUUUUCUUUUUAAAUAGGGCCUCACUGUGUAGUGCAGGUUGAUCUUGAACUCACUGUGUAUCCUGUGCUAGCCUCGAACUCAUGCAAUCUUAUUAAUUUGUUGAAAUGGGAAAUUAAAAGAGUUAAAAAUAAUCAUUGUUAUAAUACGAACUUCAGUUCUUUCCUUGUUAAUAGGAUACUUGAUUUUCUUUCUGUCUCUUUGGAGACCACUAUAAAGUGGCUCUGAGCAGGAUUUAAAUUUAACUAAUUGGUUUUUUUAUGUUCACUGUGAGUCUGUCCUAGGCCUCAGCCCCUUGCCUGGCAAUGGGAGCUGAUUUAUAGUACAUAAAUCUCCAUGAAUCACUGGUCGUGGCUUAUACCUGUAGUGGCCUGUGAGGCCAGAGAUAGCCUCACAAGGCAAGAUAAGGCCACAGCUAAAGACACCUUGGCUCUAACACUAAUUAAGUAAAUAGAGACUGCGGAUGAAAAAAUUUUACUCCUGCAGUCUCAAUCCUACCAUAAAUGUCAUCUUGGAGAUAAGAUGGUUCUCCUAAAUUGGCAUAAUUUGCUACUUUAAAAAGUCUCUAAAAUGACCCCCAAGGUCCUGCUCAUUUCCUGCGCUUUCCUCAGUUUCCCUGCCCUUUGUUGUUAGGCCUAAUAAAAAAGAGGUGGUCCAAAAGAAUCUUGGUUUUAGCCCUCAGAGUCUCAAGCUCAGCUAAAGGGUUUUGACCCUCUUAGAGCCUUAAACUCAUACCACCUGUCUCAUUUUAUUUAAGCUUCUGCCAUACACUCGUUUGGGAGAUUGGAGAUCUAGGUCAAGGCCCGAUAACUGGCGCCCGCAGAGGGACCUAAAAUCCUUGGACUAGAAAUUUUACCCUAACCAAGUCCACCCAGAGUGGAAAGGUUUAGCUACGAGAAGGCCUUCAUAGGACAAAAACUUUGCUGGAGACGCCUGGAGAGAAGAUUGGGAAGAAAAAGAAAAUGGCCAUUAAGAAGUAGAUGUCCAGAUGCAAAGGGAAUGAAACAGUAUAUUUGUCAUAAAGUAAGAUGCAGCUGUGGCUUUUCAACCAGAUUAGAACAAAAUUGUAUCGUUUUUUUCUCAGAAGAGAAUUCCACAAGGUUAAAUCAGCAAAUAAAGAAAACAUGGUAUUUUGAAGUAUGAUUAAACUCCUGAUGCAGCAGCAGAGGCUAAGAAUAUUAAUGGCCAUAUCUAGGGAAUUGAACUCAGGACCUUGCUUGCCAGUGCUCACAUGGUCUUCUGAAGAAGCCAUGGGUAGCUGUUGUAGCUGUCCAGAUAAAGACACUGUCCCAGAUAACCAUCGGAACAAGUUUAAGGUCGUUAAUGUGGAUGAUGAUGGGAAUGAGUUAGGUUCUGGUAUAAUGGAACUUACAGACACAGAACUGAUUUUAUAUACUCGCAAACGUGACUCAGUAAAAUGGCACUACCUCUGCCUGCGACGCUAUGGCUAUGACUCAAACCUCUUCUCUUUUGAAAGUGGUCGAAGGUGUCAAACUGGACAAGGAAUCUUUGCAUUUAAGUGUGCCCGUGCAGAAGAAUUAUUUAACAUGUUGCAGGAGAUUAUGCAAAAUAAUAGUAUAAAUGUAGUGGAAGAGCCAGUGGUAGAAAGGAAUAAUCAUCAGACAGAAUUAGAGGUUCCCAGAACACCUCGAACACCUACAACUCCAGGGUUUGCUGCUCAGAGCUUACCUAAUGGAUAUCCCCGGUAUCCGUCAUUUGGAGACGCUUCAUCUCAUCCUUCAAGCAGACAUCCUUCUGUGGGAAGUGCCCGCUUGCCUUCAGUUGGUGAAGAAUCUACACAUCCUUUGCUUGUGGCUGAGGAACAAAUACAUACCUAUGUCAACACUACAGGUGUACAAGAAGAGAGGAAAAAACGCACAGUUGCGCAUGUCCCAUUGGAGGCAAGAGUUUCAAAUGCUGAGAGCAACACACCAAAAGAAGAACCAAGUAGUGUUGAAGACAGAGAUCCUCAGAUUCUUCUUGAACCCGAAGGAGUAAAAUUUGUUUUAGGACCAACUCCUGUUCAGAAGCAGUUAAUGGAAAAAGAGAAACUGGAGCAACUUGGAAGAGACCAAGUUAGUGGAAGUGGUGCAAAUAACACAGAAUGGGACACUGGCUAUGACAGUGAUGAACGGAGAGAUGCACCUUCAGUUAACAAACUGGUGUAUGAAAAUAUAAAUGGGCUAUCUAUCCCCAGUGCCUCAGGGGUCAGGAGAGGUCGUCUGACAUCCACUAGUACCUCAGAUACCCAGAAUAUCAACAAUUCAGCCCAGAGAAGAACUGCAUUAUUAAACUACGAAAAUUUACCAUCUUUGCCACCUGUUUGGGAAGCCCGCAAGCUAAGCAGGGAUGAAGAUGACAAUUUAGGACCAAAGACUCCAUCUCUAAAUGGCUAUCAUAAUAAUCUAGACCCAAUGCAUAACUAUGUAAAUACAGAAAAUGUAACAGUGCCGGCAAGUGCUCACAAAAUAGAAUAUUCAAGGCGUCGGGACUGUACACCAACAGUCUUUAACUUUGAUAUCAGACGCCCAAGUUUAGAACACAGGCAGCUCAAUUAUAUACAAGUUGACUUGGAAGGUGGCAGUGACUCUGACAACCCUCAGACUCCAAAAACACCUACCACUCCCCUUCCACAAACCCCUACAAGGCGCACAGAGCUGUAUGCUGUGAUAGACAUCGAGAGAACUGCUGCUAUGUCAAAUUUGCAGAAAGCACUGCCACGAGAUGAUGGUACAUCUAGGAAAACCAGACAUAAUAGUACUGAUCUGCCCAUGUGAGCCUGGAAAGCAUUAUGUUGUUUGCACCUUUGUGAAGUUUUUUAAAAUGAAGAUGCAAAUGCUUCAUUUUCGUUUCUACACUAACUCCUUUUAUAGACUGACAAUUUUUUCUGAAUAUUUCAUGUGCAUCUUUAAAGGGAAUUAUUGUAGAGCAGGUACUCCUUAAAGAACACUAAUUACAUUAUAUACUAUUCAUUAUUGUACAGCAGCAUUCCCAUUUUCACAGUGCCUAUUUAAAACGAGAGUUGAAGUGAACGACAUGCUGGUGACUUUUAUUUGAUAUUUUGGACUUAGCGUAUCUUUCAUGUCUAAAUAAUGGUUGGCAUUUAAAACUUUUUAUAAAGCCUCUUGGUAGUAUGCAUUGCUAACAGUUAACUCUAGGCUUUGAAAGUAAUAUUUAUAGAUCACUGUUCACAGUAUGUGGCCUCCAGCAUGUAACAUGAGGAAUCCUUUAUUUGAUGAAUUAAAGGCUUUUUGAUUUGAGCCAAAAUAUGUGUAAAGGAAACAAGUACCACACCUCCUUCUAUAACCAGUCAGCUCUUUCACUUUCAGUGUUACUAGAAAGAAUCUAUGUUGUGAAUAUAAUUUGCUGUUGGUGGUUGAAAGGUGGCAGGAGACAAGAUUUUGUUUACUCAUCUCAUGACAUCGUUUGAAGGGCACAUCCAGAUGUCUUACUCUGAAUUACAGUAGGCUUAAGAAUCAGUCUCAGGUCACUUUACCCAAAAACAUUUGAAAAUAUGAACCAUGAUCUCUUGAAGUUUCUAUCCUAUAGAUUAUUGACAAUGUGUUGUUUUCUGGAGACAUUUUUGCUGUUAGGUUCCCAUUUACCUUCACUUUUUUCUUUGGUGUUUGGGAUGACUUAUUGUGUUGCUUAGUGUCUUUUUCAAUUUAAAAUGUUGGAGUUUGUAUAUAGUUUUGAAAUUGGAUUAUGUGUUUAUUGUUACUUAGUUUGCAUUUUUGUCAAAUUAUGGUUUUGAAGGUUCAUUUGGAACUUGCUGUUAUUCUAUAACAGGGUUGCCCUUGUCCAGUAUUUAUUUAUAUGCUGUUUACUUUUCAAGUUGAUAAAAACAUUCUUUCAAUUUUAAAUUUUACUUGUGUCCAUAGGUGAUCCCUUUAAAGUUGAGGAAAAAAAACCAAACCAAACCAAAAUAAACAAAAAAUAAAAAAAAGGAAGCUCCUUUUAACAUGCGAAGUUCCCUAAAGGUACUGUUUCUCUGUGGGCACGCUCCCCAGCACUUUAGCAGGGAUUUUCUUCAGCUACAUGGCUACAGUUGUACUCCAUGCACUCUAGUGUUCUUUAGCUCUACUAUCCUUUCAUUUGUAGCUGGAUCGCUGAUUAUCCCUUGAUUUCAGUGGAAUGUUCAUAUUGUUGCCAGCAUAGCAGGUACAAUGGAAGUCUUGCAGUAAUGAAAUUGUGUCAUAAUAUAGGAUUUAAAAUGAACUGAAUUUCUAUAAAUUGAUGAGUCCAGAUGUCAGAACUCUUGGAAAAUCAAGAAUGUUCCAGAUUUCCAAACACUAGAGAAUAUAAGAGUGAGAAGAAGGUUAGGUAACCUUGCAGAAUAUUGCUGUUUCUCUAAAUAUGUGUCUUAGGGCUGAUUUAGCAUGAAAAAGUUUGUCUUACCCAGUUUAUUCAGUAAAUAACCUAGAUAUAGGUUAUAGUUGUAGAACAGUGAAUGCAUUAGCAGAACAGUAGAGUGGAACCAUUGUUAAAAAAUAAUUACAGGAGUCUUUAUCAUUUUCAGUGCCAUUGGUUUAUUAGCAUAGUGAAAUUUUCUGCCACGCCCUCCCUUGCCCCAUGAACUUGGUGCUUACUAAAAUGCUGUUCUCUUAAAAAGAGCAGUAGUAUAGAUGUGCAGUUUCUCCAAUAUAAUUUCCAUUUUUAAAUGUAUUGUUUCAUUUAUCCUUUCUUUUAAGUAGGUUGCUAAUUGUGCCAAACUUAUGCAAUGGUUUUUGUAAUGUGGAAUAGGAAUUAUGACACAACCAAUGCAAAUGGUUUUCCUUGAAAUAAGCAGUCACAGCAGAACAUUAAUCUCCAAAUGAAAGGGCUGAUAUAUUUACUUUGGAGGUUGGAUAUUUUAUUCAUUUUUCUUCCCUCAUCUUUUUCACUCCCAGAUUCUAAUUAGUUUUUAUACUAAUAUAAUCAGUAAGUUUAUGCUUUAAAUACCAUGUGCUUUAAAAAUGAAAAUGGGACCAAUUGUCUGCUAAGAAUUUGAUUUUAGGGUACUAAAAGAAUAUUAUAGAUAUACAACUGGUGUUUCUUCUAGUUGUCUUCUGGGUGUCAUCUGUGUUCCUAUUUAAUAAGAAAUAAUUUAGAACACUACUUGCCCUUUGCAGUAGUUUAGUAAUGGGCAUUAAGCUCUGUCCUAGAAAAGUGUACCUAUUUCUAGGUGCAUUUUAGAAUAAGGUAUUUUAUUGGCAUAUAAUUAUGGCCAUAUGUCUCAGAUUUUCUGCAGUGAACCUAACUUUAGGUACUUAUUUUUGUUGAUGGGUUACAUGAUCCCAUUAUUUGGGUAUAUUUUUCCCUAAAGCCUCUUUUACCCAUAUAGAUCAUAACAGCAUUCCUCCCAGAUCAGGGUUAGAAGCUGAUAUGGGUAUUACCUGUGUUUUUCUUAGUGUGUUUCAUUUCCCAGUUGCAUCUUUUUUAAAAAAACAAAAAUAUGGUGCCUUCCCUCCCUCCAGAAGAUUGGCAAAUAGUUCCUUUUAUUUACUGCUGCUGUGGAGUGAUGAGAUAUGCACUUUACUCUUGAAGACUCAGUAAAAAAGCUUUUCACUUCCCAGUAUAUCCACAAUAGAUCACAUUUGGGACUUAAGAAAAUUUGCCAAGCAAUCUUUGUUUUUAUAGAUAUUAAUGUUGACCCUCAGUUCAUUGUUGUCAAAGUAAGUCAAACUGGUGUUUAUUCCCCCUCCCCUGAUCUGUGGCACAGCAUAUAAAAAUGUACCUCAAUAAUGUUCUAUUAAAAAUGGGACAGGGGCCUUAUGUUUUCAUAAUUUCCCAACAAUGUGCCACCUUGUAUUUGCCUCAAGGGAAAGUUUUAGUGAGCUAAAAAGUACUUUCCAAUUUCCCUGUGCUGUUCCUAACCCAUAAUGCCCAAGUGUUUUGUGCAAUGUGUAGUAUGUGUAUACAUAUAUAUAUUCUUGAAAUAGACAUACCAUCAGAGACAUCAUUCAGAAAUAACUGAUGUAUUGGCAUCUCAUUCAUAUUUCUAUAUAUGAGGUAUAUGGUACUAAUUACCUUUUCCUUGAUGUUUGCCAAAUUUGAAUAAAGGCAUUGGUACGAAAUUACAGAAUGUAUAGAAAAUGUUUUUGGUUUGAAAAAUUAACAAUAUUUUAUGAAAUAAUGCAAUAUACUCUGCCCAAACCAGCAGUCUGUCUUUUUCUUGUUCUUUACAUCCCAAUUCCCCGUCUCUACUUCCUCAUUUUUUGGGGGCUAUAACACAAUUCUUUUGUAGCUUCAUUACAGUUACAAUUGUAUGACAAUUGGAUGAUUAUAGCAUGGAAGCAGAUUGAUAGUAAUAGUACAGUAGUCACCAGUGUGCCACAUUUGCAUUAGUAAAUGCAAAAUAUACAUUUUAUAAAGGACAAACUUUGUGUUAUGUUUUUAUUUUCAUUACAUUGUAUAAUACUGUAAGAUUAUUGUAUGUCCUAAUUUGCAUUAUAAAUGUGUUUUUUUCCUACAUAAAGGCAUAAAUAUAGCAACUUUGUAUAAAGGUAGCUUAUUAGAUUUUUAAUUUUUUCUUUUAUAAAAAUUGUCUAACAGUGGGACUACCAUUGCCAAAUUGUAUAUGAAAUAUGAAUUUUACCCCCUGUGGCUGAUUUCUUUUAUAAACAUUCCAUAUUUCUCUAAUAAAAGACAUAAGUGAUACUGUACUAUGCAUAAAUUGUAUUUUAAUGCUGUUUCAUAUCAGCAUUUUACAUUUUGGUUUGCAUAUCUAAUAUUGGCAAAACCUAACCACUGUUAACUAAAAUAAAACCUUGUGUAUGUAACAUCAUCUUUUACAUUCUUUCCUUUCCCAUUGUUUGUUCUCUAUUUCUCCCUACCAGUGCCAACUCCAUACCUUUUGUAGCAUGGCAAUAAAAUAUAACUUUUACACUGAG